AUAUCAACACACACACCUCCCUUUCUCCUGUUCUUCGGGUUGGCCGAAAAGGAGCACAGGAAGUCCGUGCAGGCCUCGGCGGUAGGAGGGCGUACGAGUGGUGAGUUAUUGUUUUGUGACGGGACACUACAUAUAUCCUCAAUACCGCGUCUACCUCGGAAUGCUUUGCAUGCACAGUACAGUGAGUGCAGUUAGAUGCCAGUGGGAUCGCGCGAUUCUCUAGUUGCGGUCUUGUAGUCUCCGGUGACUGAGCUUAUCUCCACCAACCACUGCGCCGAGCCCGGCCCCUAUUGCGGCGUAGUGGCUGACUUGGUAACUAAUCAGCCGAAAUUAGUGGGAGUUCGGAGUUGAGUGUGUGGCGUGCAGUUCAAGAUGCCGACGCGGAAGCAGUGAGACGUGCGACACUGACAGUGAAACUACGACUUGCGUACUUUCAACGCUUCAGAAACUACCAGUGUAUACUACCAGUGUAUACUACUCGAAGAACACCGAAAAGCAACGCCCCUAUUACCCUGGGAAGGGUUUAGCAAAGAUAGAAGGAGUCCCCUAGCUAGCUACACGUACAGUAGAGCCAUGAAUAACCACCGAGUAAGGACUUCGAGUGGGGUCACCCAGCUGUUUAUGCGCAGGACAAAGACGGUGGUAAUGUCGCUGCAGACCAUUAAGGAGGGCCACCUCUACAAGAGAGGGAAGAUCAACACCGAGUGGAGAAUGAGGACGUUUGUGCUCAACGGGAAGCAGCUGGCCUACUUCAAGGGAGGGAAGCACUCUCCGUCAGGGAUCAUAGAGUUAAAGGACGUAAGAAGAGUCACAGACCUCAAUGGAGAUGGUGUAUUCCGAGUAGAGACUCCAUUCAGAACAUACGAUAUCAAAGGAGAGACAAUUGAAGAGGCUCAGGGAUGGAUAAAGGCGGUCAGAGAGGCACUAACUGUGUUAGAGUCCCAACCAUAGCCCCCCCCCUCACUACAUAUUUAUACCCUCACUCCCAUCAUUAGUCCCCGUAUUGAUAGACAUCAGUCCUAUCCAUCAAUGCAUGUAUGUGCUGCGUAUGUGUCACUGACUGUAUGUGUGUACGAUGUACGAUGUGUGUCUCAUGUGUUUGCUCCAUACCCACUUCAGCACUUCUUUUCUAAAACAUGCGUGUUUUCCAAUUAAUGUACGUUUUCCCAUCACCGAAACUUUGUUCAGUCUCUUGUUUUUUUUAAUGUUUUGUAUCAUUAAAUUUGUCUGUCUCAUGACCUCUCUUACGCUGGAAGCAGUAGAAAAAAGAUUUGGAAAGUAAUGAUCAAAAAUACAACUCAGUAAUUUAUGCGAAUGAAUAGAUGAUACCUGAAGAAGUAUAUACGUACAUGGAAUAAAGCAGGACACACCGCACCACUAGAGUGUUAGAUGUGCCACUGCUGUGACAAAAAAUGUGGUUUUUAGAAAAACUGACCAAAAUGAAAAAGGAAAGAUUUGCCACAAAACAGGGGAAAGAAGGGAACGAUGAAAUGAUGCUGCACAAAAAAAGAAAUGAAAUGACGUCACAUGAUACUGCAAUUGUUUCUGCUGCUAUUUCUCCCUCUGUGGUUACCGUGACGACUGGAGUGGUUGGCAUGGUGACGGAGGACGUGUUGGGACUGGGAGUACCCCGGAAAUCCCCCUCUCCCUGAUGACGAUGAGGUCGCCCACUCUGUGCACCACAUUUCCCGUAUCUCCAGCUGCUUCCCGGACCGCCCACCCAGGAAGCUCCACCCCCUCCCCCUCUGCCG